AUGUUUGCGCCGUACGGGGGGGGCCCCGCGCCCUUCCCGCAAGGAGCACCUUUUCCGUCUUCUGGGCCUUCCGGCUCUUCCGGGGGUGGGCGCCCACCAGCGUUAGGCACUGUGCUCACCGGCACCGUCAAAAGCUAUAGCGCCAAAGGCUUUGGAUUCAUUUUGUGUCCAGAUGUGGACCACGACGUGUACUUUGCGCGUGAGAGUUUACAAGACGGUUUGAGGACGGCUAACAUCGCCGGGACGGUUGUGCAAUUUGUGCUGCAAAGGGGCUUGCAUGGGAAGCCGCAGGCCACGUGCCUGCGCCCACUCGAUGGGCAAAUAGCGCCAAUGGCUUACAACCGAGGCUAUACUCCGGAGCCGGGCCAGGGCUGGAACAAAGGAGGUUCCAGUUCCUUCGCUGGCAAAGGGGCCCCCGCUUUCGGAGCCCCCGCCGCACCAGCAUUUGCGCAACAGUUUACACCACAGCUUCAAGUUCCUGCUGCAGGAUCGUGGCCAAACGUCGCGGGAGUUGCCGGGGUUGCUUCAUUGGGCCAGGGCUGCAUGGGGGCCACGAACAUGGGCAGCGGCGCCAGCAACAUGGGCAGUGGUCUGGCCGGCGGCGUGGGAGUCAUGGGCGGCAUGAGUCUAACAGGCCUCAGUGUCCCAUCCAGCCUUGGCUCGCCAAGACCGCCUGUGGCGCCGAAGCGAUUGUCUCCGCACGCAGGCUCGCGGGCCAUGGCCGGAUUACCCGCAAAGGCCGCGGAACAGCCGAGCGGUUCACCCAGCGGCAAAAGUUCCUCAGCAAGUUCAGAGCCUGAGAGCAGCGACAGCUCUUCUAGUGAGAAGAAGCGACGGAAAAAGAAAGACAAAAAGAAGAAAGGGAAGAAGGAAAGGAGUCGUUCGAGAAGGAGAAAGUCGAAAAGCUCCAAGAAGAGUAGGCUGAGUGUGUCUUCAAGCAGCGGCAAGGAGCAGAAAGAGGAGCCGAGCUCCGAAGUGCAGCAAGCAAUCGAAAGUGCCAAAAGAGAGGUGUUGCAGCAGUUGGAGAACCUGAAGAAGGUCGAACCCAAAGAGCAGCGCAUGAAGGAGUGGAGAUCGCUGUUGCGAUCCUGGCAUCCUGACAAGAACCCCGAGAAAGCGGAAGUAGCCACCCAGGUCUUCCAGUUCUUGCAAAAGGGAAAGCUCCUUCUCGGCCUCUGA